CUCAUAGCUCAUUGCUACACCAACAUGCGUUUGUGCCAUUGUCGCUUACCAUAGUCUUUGUAUUUGUCAGUUCGGUCUUUCCUUUUCAGCACUACACAGUGCUUGUUUCCUGUUCGUUCUAGCGGGCGCCAGCCGUUGCUAUCGUUAUCGACACAUCGCGACAACACCAGCACCAAGCGUAUCAAAUCAUCAACGAAAUGGGCAAACUGGCUUUUCCGCUCGACAAAGAGCUUACGGGGCCGGAUAGGGUUGUUCUGAACAUACUACAGAAGGAGUACGAGUUGUAUGAGGCCAAGCCUGCAGAAUCAUCGACAGACGCAGCGGAAGACUCAGAUGACUCGGGUGUCAAACAUUCCGAGAUCGUGACGCCGUCACCAGAGGAUCUUUCAGACCAGGAGCGACAGGCGAUUGCUUACCUCAAGAAGCUCAACGACCCCAAGUCCGACAGCUUCGAGACAAGUGUUUUCAGUUCUGUAGAUGAACCAGACAUCAAGAACCCUCUUCUUCGCCAAUGGAUCAUCGACCCCUACAUUCAAUGGGCGAAGAAGGUUGUCCGAGUCGAGACCGAUGUCAUUAUGGUCACGCAUCUGCUGCUGUAUUUCUGCACCAGCAUCCCGUCGGCAACCUACUUGUACAUCAACUUCCAUUGGUGGCACGCUGUACUCCACUGUGUCAUGCAGGGCUACUACAUGGGAGCAUACACUCUCCUGAAACAUCAGCAUAUCCACAUGCGUGGUGUUCUCAGCAAGAAGUACGACUUCGUCGAUCGGCUAUUCCCAUACAUCCUUGACCCAAUGAUGGGUCAUACAUGGAACUCGUACUACUAUCACCACGUUAAGCAUCACCAUGUCGAAGGCAACGGACCUAACGACCUUUCUUCUACAAUUCGCUACCAGAGGGACAGUGUUUGGGACUUUGCGCAAUACGUCGGUCGGUUCUACUUUCUGAUCUGGCUCGAUCUGCCGAUGUACUUCUUGCGUACUCGCAAGCCUAAUCUGGCGUUUCAGGCUGCUGGAUGCGAGAUCGGCAACUACAUUUUCCUGUACUUUAUGUACAGUUUUGUCAAUGCUCGCGCGACGACGUUCGUGUUCUUGAUCCCUCUCGCUUUCAUGCGCUUGGCUUUGAUGACUGGCAACUGGGGACAGCAUGCUUUCGUUGAUGAGGUCGAGCCGGACUCUGACUUCAGGUCAAGCAUCACCCUCAUCGAUGUACCCAGCAACCGAUACUGUUAUAACGAUGGCUACCACACCUCCCAUCACCUCAACCCGCUCCGCCACUGGCGCGAGCACCCAGUUGCUUUCCUUUCGCAGAAGAAGCAGUACUCAGACGAACAAGCGAUCGUGUUCUACAACAUCGACUAUUUCUUCCUUACCGUCAAUCUGCUCAGAAAGAACUACGAGCACAUUGCCAAAUGUCUCGUACCCAUGGGCGAUCAGAUGAAGCUCACGCUUGACGAGAAGGUUGAGAUGUUGAAGCGCAAGACGCGGAAAUUCACUGAGGAGGAGAUUGCGGAGAAAUGGGGCAAGCAAUAUGCCAAGUUGAAGUAGAGGUAGAUUACACUGGUAACCUAGCAAUGAUAGGUAUCUAUGUAUAUUCUUUCGCCCGUUCAAUAACGAUCACCACCGCUCGGUAACGAUAACAAGCCAGAUCUCGAGGCACUGCUGCAUUCUGUUGUUCUUGCCCUGUGAACCCACGUGCUAGCGUGCAGUACCUGCCCCGGCACGUUCGCUCACCAUAUUAUUCGGUCUUGGAGCCGAUCACUACCCCUCGUCACAACAGCAUCCUGCACCCAUCACUACUCCACUUCCAGCAAUGGCG